CGGUAACAUUCGCAUAACGCAUAACAACAAAAUGGAAUACCAACGCCUCGGCAAAAGCGGCCUCAAAACCUCCAAAAUCAUCCUCGGAUGCAUGACCUUUGGCAAUCCCGCCUGGGAAGGCAGUCCCUGGGUACUUCCGGAAGACGAAGCCCUCCCAUUACUCAAGAAAGCCUACGACAGCGGAAUCAACACUUGGGACACAGCAAACUCCUACUCCAACGGGACAUCAGAGAUCCUAAUCGCUAAAGCCUUGGCGAAAUACAACAUCCCACGAAGCAGGGUCGUGAUCAUGACGAAGCUAUACUAUCCAGUCUUCGACCCGGAUUCUCCAUCGCGACCCAAUCCCGCCAUAAACGACGGUGAGUUGGUGAAUCAGAUGGGCCUGAGUCGAAAACAUAUCUUCGACGCGGUGGAAGGGUCACUUGCGCGCCUGAACACGACGUAUAUUGAUGUGUUACAGCUACAUAGACUGGAUGAUACUGAGCCAGAGGAAAUCAUGGGUGCACUGCAUGAUCUUGUCCGGAUGGGCAAAGUUCAUUAUCUGGGUGCGUCGAGCAUGUAUUGUUGGCAGUUGGCGCGGUUGCAGUACACGGCGAAGAUGAAUAAUUGGACGACUUUUACGAGUAUGCAGGGGCUGUGGAACUUGCUUUACCGGGAGGAGGAGCGGGAGGUUAAUCCGUUCUGUAGGGCUGAGGGGAUUGGGUUGAUUCCUUGGAGUCCGUUGGCUCGUGGGUUGUUGGCUAGGCCGUGGAAUGCGCAGACGUAUCGGUCUAGUCAGGAUAAGAAGACGGUUAAAUGGUUCUCUGGGGAUCAGAACGAGGUUAUUGUUUCACGGGUGGAGCAGUUGGCAAGGAUGAAAGGGUGCAGUAUGAGUGCUGUUGCUAUUGCGUGGUUGUUGAAGAAGGGCGCGUGUCCGAUUGUGGGGUUGAAUAGUAUGGAGAAAAUUGAGUCGGCGGGAGAGGCGUUGCGUGUUGAACUGUCUGAUGAGGAGGUUAGGCUACUUGAGGAAGAGUAUAGGCCUCUCCCUGUGCAGGCUAUAUAA